UUGACUGGUUUAUAAAUUCUAGAUCUCGUGCAAGUGUGCUUGCCAGUUAGUUGGGACCCAAAGUGCAGUGCCUAGUGAUUACAUGCCUUUGACGCCCAGCCUCCGGUUCUUCUACUGGCAUCCCUAUAUAUAACAACAGAAUUUCUUCUUCUCCUUUCAUCAUUACUUUGAGAUUGAGGAACUUCACACCCAAAGUCCAAAACUGAUCUAUAUAUACAGAAGAAGCAGAAGAAGAAGCCGAAGAAGAAGAGGGAUAAGAGAGCUCUAUUGAAGAAACCAAGAGGAAGAAAGAAAACAAAAGAACAAAAAUUAAAAGAAUCAAUAUCCCCAUUAUACAGAAGAAGAGAUGAAGAUGAAGAAUGCUAAUAUUGGAGGCUCCAAGAGAAAGCUUCCAUGUAAAGGGCUUAGUGGUUUUCUUAAAGAAGGAAGAGGUAGGCUUUACAUAUUCAGAAGAUGUAUUAUCAUGCUUCUCUGCUGGCAUGAUUAAGACUAUGGUUCUGUACCUGAAUUCACCUUCUAAUUAUUGGGAGCUACUUCUUUUAGCUUUCUUCUUUUCUUUAACUUCUCAUUUAGUUUAUGAAGCUUGUAUAGCAGGACACAAUGCAGACUUUUUUCUCUUCUUCCUACUGUUAAAAAGUCCCUUCGAUCUUAUCAGUUUGAUUUCUGUCUUUGUAGUUGUUUUUGUCUUUUUGGAUGUAAAAUGUUUGAAGCAGUGACGACUGACAAGUACUGGUAUUAAUCUUCAAA